AAUUAUGCAAAACUAAGAAUCAAUCAAGGUGGUGACACAUAUUUAUAUAUACACACACACAUAGUUUUUAUCAUCAACCAUGCAUUAGAAGGACCAAAAGUUCUUGGUUCGAUGAGUAACACGUGUACAAUGCAGGACAGACCCAUCUUCAGAAGGAGCAAACAAAGAUCCUAAUAUAAGCCAUACAAGUCUUACAAGAUGAACUGCAGCUUUUAGCCUUUUGCCUGCAAACCCUAACUGGGCCACCAUGGUACUGCUGUCUUCAUUAAUUUCUUAAGGCCACCCUCAUUGCAUUCUCUUUCACUUUCUCAUUAUCAAACCAAUUCAACCACUUCAAAGUUUUUUUUGAUUUGCUAGCUCUCUCACAUUUUGUUACUCGGGUGGUUUCAUAUGUUUGUCUUUUUAACUUUUUGAUCUAGCUCCUUCUUCUGUCAUUGCCUGCAAAAACUGGUUUCAGAUGGGACAUCACUCUUGUUGCAACAAGCAGAAGGUCAAGCGGGGGCUGUGGUCACCGGAGGAAGAUGAGAAACUCAUCAAUUAUAUAUCAACUUACGGACAUGGUUGCUGGAGCUCAGUUCCAAGACUUGCAGGGUUGCAGAGAUGUGGAAAGAGUUGCAGGCUGAGAUGGAUAAAUUAUCUGAGACCUGACUUGAAACGUGGGAGCUUCUCUCCUCAAGAAGCUGCUCUCAUCAUUGAGCUUCAUAGUAUUCUAGGAAACAGAUGGGCACAAAUAGCAAAGCAUCUUCCAGGAAGAACUGAUAACGAAGUGAAGAAUUUUUGGAACUCAAGCAUAAAGAAAAAGCUCAUCUCUCACGAAGUUCCUGCUUUCGCAAACUUCUCUGAUUUUCAUAACCCUAGUUGUCCCGAAGGAGUUUACAUCCCUUUAACUGGAAACCCUAAUUUGAUUCAACAAGAUCAGUUCUUCCUUCCUUCUCCAUCUCCAAUUUUGCAAACUUUUGGUCAAGCUGAAUUCAAAUUGAAUCAAAACAAUUUCAAUGUUGGUUCAUUUCAUUUUCCUCCUUCUAUGAACCCUUUUUUGCCAACAAGUUCAUCUUCAUUUGAGCAUUCAUGUUGGUCAUUGCCUAAUUAUGUCCCUCAACGCCUUGAUGAUUCAUCAAACCAUCUUCAAGAGAACCGAAUUUUCAACAAUGAUAAUAACAAUAUCAUUGUUGAUCGAAGCGUUAUCACUAUGGCGCCGUAUCAUAACAAUCCUUUAACAGUGCCGACAAUGCCUAAGCUUUGUGACAUCCUUGAAGCAAAUAACAUUUGCAGCAGCAUGCCAUCUUCAUCUGAUUCUCUAGAAGUUGAUGACCCAAUUGCUAGACUUGCAACAAGUAAUAAUUUCCCAUCUGGGUCAUAUCCUCAACUGCCAAUAACCAAUCCAAUGGACUGCAUCGAUGCCAUCAUGUCAACCCUGCAGCCGGCGUCCUCAUCCUCAUCUUCGUCAUCAUCAUUGUCACCAUUACCAAGAGGGCAAUACUUGACAAACCCUAAUUUUCCUGCAACAACCAGCUGGGGUCCAUAGACAUGAUCCCAAAAUUAAAAAGUUUUAGGUAUUUCAUGUAUUCAAUUUAAUAUUAUGUAGCAUGCAUUUACUCCUUGAAAUAUGCAUAAGAUGGUGAGUGCAACUGUUAUAGGAUAACCUAAGUGUUUUCUAGUUCAGGUGCUUCAGUGAGUUCUGAUUUCUAGCUAUAAUUUGUUCCAUAAAUAUGUGUAAGUUCUUUCACAUGUCUCUCGCUUAGAUUUACACACACUCACAUAUAUAUAAAUUUGUAUAUCAGCCACCUCUCCAGUGAAAACUACUUUAUGCAUAUCUCCAUUAUUUAA